CCAGUCAGAAUUACGCAACCAGCUAUUUAAAGACGAAAAGGAAUGAAAAAUCUGCCAGAUGAUCGAGCAGAAAAGACAAAGGUUCAAGUUUCUAACUAGUUGUUGACUAUUGGAUUUUAUUUUGUGGUGAAUUGGACUAUUCAGAUAGAAAAGAUGGAGAUUUCAGAAAUAGCUGCAGAUGGUGAAAAUGACCAUAAGCAGGAGGCGAUUUGCAUUUUUGGCACUGGGGACUUUGGCCGAUCUUUGGGUAUGAGGCUGCUCAUGUCAGGGUACCCAGUGAUAUAUGGCAGUCGAAACCCACAGAAUUCUACCCUGAUACCAAGUGGAGCUCAAGUCCAUACCCACGCUGAUGCCCUGAAAAAAUCCAAAAUCAUUUUCCUUGCCGUUCACAGGGAGAACUAUGAUUUCCUCCCAGCUCUGUCCAAUUUACUAGAUGGAAAAAUACUGGUGGAUGUGAGCAACAACCUUAAAAUGAAUCAAUACCCUGAGUCCAAUGCACAGUAUCUGUCUCAGCUGGUCCCCGAAGCUAUUGUGGUGAAGGGGUUUAACACAGUUUCAGCCUGGGCCCUUCAGUCAGGCAGCCUGGAUGCCAACAGUCAGGUCUUUGUCUGUGGUGAUGACAAUAAAUCCAAACAGCAGGUGAUGGAUGUUGCCAGGAGGCUAGGCCUCACUCCUUUAGACCGGGGAUCCCUUCUAGCAGCUAAAGAAUUGGAGAACUACCCGCUACAGCUCUUCCCAAUGUGGAGACUACCACUCAUUAUAGCAUCUGUUCUCACAGUGUUCUUCUUCUUUUACACUGUGGUGAUUGAUGUAAUCCAUCCGUUCGUAACAAAAAAUAGUGAUGUUUCCUACAAGCUUGCAAUUUCAGUUCCUAAUCGCAUCUUCCCAAAUGUCUCUCUCAUUCUGCUUAGCCUGGUUUACCUGCCAGGUGUGAUUGCUGCAUUUAUUCAGCUGUACAGAGGGACCAAGUAUAGGAGAUUCCCUGACUGGCUUGACAAGUGGAUGCUGUGUCGAAAGCAACUCGGGCUUGUGGCACUUGCCUAUGCUUUUCUCCAUGUUCUCUACACCUACAUCAUACCAACCAGAUUCUCGGUGAGGUGGCGUUGGAUGCACUCUAUGAUUGAAGAGUCAAAGAAGAAUAAAACGAUGGAGUUAAACAAGGUGAUCGCUUGGCGUGUUGACCUGUACUUCGCAUUAGGAAUGCUGGGAUUUAGUCUUUACGUUCUGCUAGGCAUCACUUCUCUUCCAUCUGUCAGCAAUGCUGUAAAUUGGAGAGAGUUCCGAUUUGUGCAGUCCAAGUUGGGCCAUGUGACCCUCCUGCUGUGUACUGCACAUGCUGCAGUGUUUGGCUGGGACAGAUUUCUACAAUCAAAAUGGUAUAGAUGGGGGAUUCCACAAGCAUACAUGGUGGGCAUGGUCAUCCCCUGCAUUGUACUGGUUCUAAAACUGAUUCUCAUCACCCCAUGUGUAGACAGAAUGGUCGUCAGGAUCAGGCAGGGUUGGGAGAGGAAACCAAAAACCAAACAAGCUGUAGUGUAGGUUAACAAAGCAUGACAUUAAAGCAGAUUUGGAACCGGCUUUCCUCUGUUUCAUAACAAGAAAAUACUCAGUGAAACAGAAGGCAAAUGGGCAGAGAUGAUGCCCUGUUUUUGUCACUUGACUAUGGAAUUCUAUGAUUUCCCUUGAGGGGACUAGAGCGCCUUCCUCUGAAGCAGCAUAUAUAUUAAAGUGGCAUAUUUUCCUUCUACUAUGCUUAUUUAGAGGCUACAAAAGAAGGAAUUUAAGCUUAAUACCCAUUGCCCCCUGAUUAAGCAAUUUAAGCAGGGCUUGCAUAACAAUUACCACAACUACUUCUUUUCUUGGCUAGCAUGACCACGAAGGGAUGGCAAAUGACUUGUGUUAUUUUCUUUUUUGGACAGCAUGUAGUCAUUUCUUCCAAAACUAGCAGCUACUGAUAUUACUUUGACCUCCCCACUUGCACAUACCAGGCCUUGCUCAGGUGCCUCAUGCCGGAGGAAUGCCUGGCUGACUGAAAUGCCCUGAACUAAGACAGAAUAAAUCACCUGAGAGAUGUUCCAACUGAUUAGUACAGAAGCUGGGAACAGGAGGCUUUGUUCUCCUUAUUUGCCUUCUUGGCAGUUUUCCCAUGCACAUUAUUUGUUUAUAAGAGGUGAAGGAGAGGUGUAUGAAUCUGUGACCUGGUUCAAAUUCAGUACAAGGUGAGGGACUAAAGACUCCAUUGUUGUUGGAUGUAAAAUUCCCAUAUCAAAUGAAUUAAGACACAGCCAAAAGCCAGCUUCUAUUCCCACAUUUAAAACGUUUCUGGACUCCAAAAAGGUAUUGUGAGAAACAUCCUCAAAAACAUAAAUAUCAGAAUGCCUUUCAUUACUGUAUAAGCAGUAGACAAGGGCCCAUAUCAUUUCAGGGGGAGAUAUGUUGGUAGUUAGGUUUAUCCAUGUGGGAAUGGAAAAGUGUUGUAGUGGUACCAUCAGAGAUGUUUGUCUGAAGUAGUGGGGAGGCGAAUUUUCUGAUCAGUGUGGAGUAUGAUUUUCUUGGCGUCUAACUGGAUUCUACAACAUCAGGGGCAAGAAAUUGGAUUUCAUUCUUUUUUCAUGGGCUGGACAUUCAUCCAGUCAGAGGCCCUGCUAAAAAUCAGGAUAUCAACAAAAAACAUGUUGAUUAUAUUUGCACCCAGAAGCAUGCACUAAAAUGGGACCAUGCAAUUCCCAAAUGGAACUAUAUGAAAAGGUCCCAGAGUUGCCAAGCUGAUUACUGGGGAGCUUGUUGGGUCUUACCAGAACAAACCCCAUGUCAGCCACAGAACAGCUGCACACAAGGCCAUCAAGGAAGAUAAGGGAAAAGAUGGUCUGGGGUGGUAAUCAGCAAAUUUCUCAGUGGGACCACCUCCCACGUGAUGGUCUGUCCUGAUAUGAGUGGCUCCCAUGCUAUUGUGAGAUGAGGAUAAAAAUGAGAGAGAGUUGUGAUCUAUCUAUAGUGGCCAUCUUGAUCUUCCGGAUGCAUGCCAUUUCAGUUCCCCUUCCCAUUCCCACACUGACCAGUCUGUCCACAGCCUUCUCCACUGCCGGGGUGAGGCCAAUUGCAAACUAAAAGAAUAACACCUCGUAUUCCACUUGGGUAGUCUACAGCCUAAUGGUAUGAACGGUGAAUUUUUCAAUUUCAUGUAACCCACACCCCCCGUGUUCCUUUCCCACUCUCACCUGUCCACCCUUGUUCUCUUUCCCUUUGUCCAUCUUUUCUAAUCAUUCCUCCCCCACUCGUUACCAAGACUCGUUACCCUGCCCUGGUUCCAUCUGCCCGUUACUCACACACCUAUCCACCUGGGUUCUUCUCCCUUGGUUCAACCUUCCUGAACCCUCUCCCUCCCCUACCUGGUUCCAUCUGCUCAUAAUCCCUCCUUUAUCUGUUUCCACCUAUCACUUACCAGCCUCUUCCUGAACCCUCUCCCUCCCCCACCCGGCUCCAUCCCAUCAUCCUCCCCCUCCCCCCUCCCCAUGUGGUUCCACCUAUCACCUACCAGCACUCCUCUAUCUCACUUCUAUACACUGGCCAUCUUCCCUCUACACUCUCAGUCCUGAUGCAGGGCCUCGACCUGAAACGUCGACCAUCCCUUUGCCACUUCAGAUGCUCCUUGACCCACUGAGUUAUUGCAGUGGUUUACUUUUUGUUCUAGAGAGUACAGCAUGCACCUUUGCAGGGUAUAGUAUAAAAAUGCUACAGUUAGUGACAAGGUUUCAAUUUGUUUGAAAAAAUCCUUUUUUUCCCACGUGGGCAUGUAACUUUUUUCAAAAAAGGUCCUCUCAAUAAAUUGAAAAAGAAUAGAAGUCAAAUAAUUUUGGAUUAAGAACUCUGGUCUUUUCUACACAGUCCACUCACUGGAUCUUAAUCCUUACUUCUGUCAACACAAAGCUUUGCAUAGUGAAAGCGUAGACAAGGAAUGUAGAUACAUGCCUCACAAUUCACUAUUAUUUGUCAGUAGGGCAUAGGGCAUUUAGAAAGGAGAGCAUACAGAUUUCCAAUACAGACCACGGAUGCUAGAAGUCUGCAUACCUUCUAUUGAAUUGUAGAUGUUUGAUAAUAUAAUAAAAACAAAAGUAAAAAAAAGUUUUAAUCAUAGCAAAAACAAAAAUAAAGAUGACUUUUUCAAUAA